AUGGAAAACGUACUAGCGAGACCACCUGGAUCACAGAAGAUUCCUGCACAGGUUGGGAAUGUGUUCAUUGCAAGUAAGUUACCAGGUAAACUGACGAGUGGAAAAUACCUAAAGCAAGAUAAGUUCGAUAACGGUCGACGAGCGCUUGGGACGAUAGAGAAUGUUGAUGAGAACGCGGGUCAGUUGGAGAAACUAAAGGAAAAUGAUCCUAUCCUCGCCAUAAAGGUGCUCGACCGUGCUCAUUCUAAGGCUCCUAUAGUGAAACAACUCCGAAAUGAACUUCAAGAAGCUCAUUCUCACAAUCAAGUUCUUGAACAGAAGCUGCACUCUCUUCAAGACGAGCAAACACGAACGCAGGAGGAAAUGUCUCGAUUACUUGCUAAAAUACGAUCCUUUCGACGUUUUGAAACGCGUCUUCAGAGUUUUGACAAUAGGCUACGGGUAAUUGAAGACAAAGAAUGUGAACCGUAUCCGUUUGAAUUGGAUGCGAGCGAUAUAGAGACAAGCGUAGAUAUUAUUGAAGCGAGAAUCGAGUACUUGGAAUUACCAAAGCAUGAGCGACAUGGACAAGCGCAUAGAGAUAGUAUUGUGGAACAAGAGUUCAUAGGAGGAACUAAGCGAAGUGAACAAAGUGACCUGCUAGAGGACAUAAUGGUUAACAGAGAGGAAUAUGCGGCCGUCGUUGAAGAGAGAGAGAAAUAUAAGAAGGAAGCGGAAGAGAAUUGGCAGAUAGUGAAAGAGUUGGAAGGAAUGUUGAUGGAGAAGAAUGAGGAGAUUGAAUAUUUGCAAGGACAACUCAGUAAAGCUGACAACGAAUGCUAA